GGAACCUUGAGUGAGGUGUCCUGAAUCACAUUCAUUCAUAGUUGACCGCGACAAACACUCAUCUGGGCUAUCGGGAUUGCCUUUAAAAGUGCACAGUUGUCCUGUCGUGCCAUGAGGACUCUGGGUCUUCUCACCUUGCUCAUGGCGGUUGCCAUUUGCCAGGGCUACGGAAGCUAUCAGCGGUCUAGCUUCAGAUCCAGCUCAUCGUCAUCUUUCGGCAGUGGACAGUCUUCGGCGGCCAUGCACUUACAGUCGACGCCACAGCUUAACUCUUUCGCAUCUGCGCAUUUUAACGACGUGCGAUAUUUGGCUAACAGACUGAAACAGAAAUUCAACGCUCUUUCCCAGGGAUCAUCCAACUUUGGUUACCCUUCUCCCUGGAGCGCUUCUAUUUUGGACCUGAGUGGAUUGAGCUCUGCUCAGCUGGACGACUUGAGUUCCCAAAUCAGUGAGCAGCUGGUGGCGAGCAUGCGCCAGGGUAGUAUCACGUAUAGUACCAUAGCACAACCCAACUUCUUUGAAGCUAAAGCGUCCGAGUUCCUUGAGCGUUACGCCGGAGGGAAGAACGACAGCCUGCAGCAGGCAGUGGACCUAAGCCCUUUUCACACCGUGGACUUAAGUGGAUUUGACGAGGUUAAGAACUACGCCUAUCCCGCCGAGGUGAAGGUUAUCGACGGCAAGACGUACGUAGUGCACCGCAACUGUACUGAGGCCACGAAACUAUCGGGAUUUGGUGACUCGGCCCAGCUGACCCAGGGUCUUCCUCUCAGCAGCACUACGACCACUAUCACACGAAAGAAGACCAUCCACGACUGGGUGAGGGAAAACAUGGAGCCCAGCGUGGUCGGCUACAACUCUGUAGUCAACGUUAACGGCCAGCUGAACAGCAACACCCUGAACCAACACCAGCCCUUCGGCCAGGCGACUCUUCCGCGGGACGAGCAGUGGAAGCGCGAAGAGCGGGAAAGGCUCUUCUGGUAUCUGACUACCCCGCAACGGCUCGACGACUGGCAGCAGCAGCAAGAGGAGCGCCUGUUGGGCGUGGUCCAGCGCUACCACACCAGCCUUUCCGAGCUGAAGGAGUUCCACCGCCGAGAACUGGCGCGUUUUCAGGCUCUCCUAAGGCAGUACCAGCCGCAGGUUCGCGGUGAAAGCGAGUGGCAAAGGCAGGAACGGGGUCGGUUAUACUGGCUGAUCCACCAGAAUGGUUUUGCAGCCCAGGACAUCGAACGCUGGCAGACUGAGAACGCGCGCAAGUUAGCCCAGGCAGCCCAACAGCACGGCGUCAGUCAGAACCAGUUGUUGCAAUGGCAACGAGAGGAGCUGCAACGCCUUAACGUUCACUUCAACCGGGUGAACGAGUCGCUGAUGCCGCAGGCGCCAUUAGUCUCACACGGUACCUACGUCUACCCAGCGGUCAGUUCCCUGACCGAGGACAAUACGAAAGAGCAGCAACGUCUGGAGGAACUGAUUCGGCAGCAUAACGCAACUAUCGCGGCGCUUCAAAACUCAAUAAAAACUGACCAACAGCGGCUGAAAAACCUAUCGAUCAAGUACCAGGGUGACAUGCUAAGUCAGACGCAGUGGCUCCGCGGCGAGGUAGCCCGAAUAGGGGACUUAAUAAAGGACCAAAACGAACAGGUAUCCAAGAUCACGGCGUGGCAGAGCUCGGAGCGCUCUCGCUUGGAGAACAUCCUGCGCGAACAUCGCGGGUCUGUAGGCGAAGUACAGCAGCGAAUGAACCAAGACCGGAACUACCUGCAAAACCUAGCCAGCAAGUACCAAGUAACCGUUGAGGAACUGGAGAAGUGGCAGCAUGAGGAACUGCAGCGUCUUCAAGUCCGCGGACAGCAGCAAUUAGAGGAUCACAUCAAGGACUGGCAGGCUAGUUUAAGUAGCAACCUGCGCGAAAUCGUUGGUCAAAACCAGUUGACCAUAGAGGAGUUCCAAAACUCCAUUAUUAACGACCGCGGUCAUUUGGAAGAGAUGUCGCGCAUCUAUAAGGUUAAGGUGGAGGAGAUUGAGCAGUGGAUCAAGAGCGAGCUAAAAAAGUUCCAGUCGGAGGGUUUGCUUAAGGAGGUGGAACAGGAGUUGGUUCAAUGGCAGCAGAAGGAACGGGAGCGACUUCAGGCUCUUGUGCUGCACAACUCGCUGACCGUGGAGGAGCUGGAGAAUAAGAUCAAGAAUGACCAAGCCCACUUCUUCCAGUUGGCCGACAAGUACAAGGUCAGCGUUGAUGACAUUCAGGACUGGCUGAAGAAGGAGCUUUUGCGGUUGCAAACCGAGGGCCUAGUCAAGGCGGAAACAUUAAAAGACUGGCAGGAGAACGAGCGCACGCAAAUUUCGUUGUUGGUAAAGCAGAAUAAGUAUUCCCUCGACGAGUUCGAACGGAAGAUGCUGGCGGAUAGAGCCCGGCUGCAAGACCUCUCCAACACCUACAAUGUCAAGGUGUCUGAGAUAGAGCAAUGGAUUAAGUCGGAGGGCGAACGCCUCCAGCACGAGGGGCAACUGAGGAUGGAGUCGCAGCUCAACAACUGGCAAAAGAUCGAGCGCCAGCGAAUACUGGACCUUAUUAACAAAAACAAUCUGUCCAUCGAGGAGAUUGAGUCGAGGAUCGGCAAGGAUCAGACCCACCUCUAUAGCCUAGCCCAACAGCACCAGGUGCGCGUUGAGGAGAUCGAGCAGUGGAUACGGCAGCAGAUCCAAAAGUUGCAGGACCAGGGACUGAUUGAGAUGCAAAAGCUGAAGAACUGGCAGUUGGAGUGGCGCGGCAAUCUUACCAACAUGGUGCAGGACCGUGACUUUACCGUCGAGGAGUUCCACAAGUGGUUGCUCAAGGACCGCGCCCAGUUGCAAAGCCUGGCCAUGCAACAUAACGUCCAAAUCGAGGAGAUUGAGCAGUUCGUUCAGAAGGAAGAGCAACGAUUCAUUGAAAUGGGUCUACUGAAGCCCAGCGAGAAGCUGACAAACUGGCAAGAGGUAGAGCGAUUGCACCUAAAGAACCUGGCCCAGCAGCAGUACAAGUCAACCGAGCAGUUGGAGGCCCGUCUGAGGCAAGAUCGCGAGCUCCUUGAGCGCCUGGCCCGACAGUACAGCGUCCAGGUGGAGGAGAUCGAGAGCUGGAUGAAGCAGGAGCUGGCGCGCAUGCGUGACGAGGGCCAGCUGCAGAUCGAUAACCUUACAUCCUGGCAGCUGGCAGAGCGUGAGCGUUUGGAGUCGCUCAUCAAGCAAAACAAACAGUGGAGCGCCGAGGAUCUACGAGAGGAACUCGAGAAGGAUCGCGAACACAUGCAGACGAUGGCAUUUCAGUACCACACCUCAGUAGAGGAAAUCGAGAAGUGGCUCCAAAGCGAAAUCGAACGACUGAAGCAGCAGGGAAAACUCAACAUCGAACAAUUGACUGCAUGGCAACGCACCGAGCAGCAGCGAAUCCUUUCUCUCCUGCAGCAGCACUCCAAUUUAACCUUGGAGCAGUUCCAAGCAAAGGUUCAAAACGAUCGCCGUUUUUUGGUAAAGCUCGCAGAACAGCACCACGUCCAUAUUGUGGAGGUGGAGAACUAUGUUAAUCAGGUUAUAGAAGACUUACGCAAAAACGGCCAGUUUGAUAUAGAGCAGCUGCAAACAUGGCAGAAGGUGGAGCGAGAUUACAUCAAGAGCCUGAUUGCGGAGUACAAGAACGGGCUAUCUACGAAAGAGUAUGAGGACAAAUUGUUGGCAGACCGCGCCCACCUGAAGCACCUUGCAGAGCAGUACCGCCUAAAUGUGGAGCAGAUCGAGGAGUGGAUGAUUGCAGAGUUAAAACGUUUGCGGGGCAGCACGGAGGAGUCGCUGAAGAGCCUAAGCGCCUGGCAGGUGACCGAGCUGGAGCGGCUGCAGAACCUUGUCAAGCAGCAGAACCACCUAACCUUCGUAGAGUUCGAGAUGCAGCUCAACCAGGAGCGGGGUCGUCUACAGAAUCUGGCCAACCAGUACUCCGUCAACGUGGAAGAGAUCGAGGGGUGGCUGCGCCAGCAGUUGAUAAACCUACGAGCCACAGGUCAGGCAAAGGUUGAAGACUUGAGCAAGUGGCAGGUUGACGAGCAGCAGCGUCUAAUAGAGUUGCUGCUGAAGAAGCAGCAGGAGAUGCCAUAUGAGGAGGUGGAGCGAGAGCUGACCCAGGACCACGCCCGGCUGCAGAGUCUCUCGCAGACGCACCACGUCGGCAUCGACCAGGUGGAUCGGUGGCUGCGGGAUGAACUGCAGCGCCUGCACAACUCCGGUCUUGUUCAAAUCGAGCAACAGACGCAGUGGCAGCAAAAGAUUAGCAAAGGGUUCAACGAGUGGCUACAGCAGCAGCGCAACGGGGCAAGCUACCAGGAGUUCGUCGACUUCCUGAAGCGCGAUAAGCAACGCCUGGACGGUAUCGCCUCCGACUACCAUGUGACUGUGGAGCAGGUGGAUAAGUGGGUUCAAAAAGAAGCCGCCCGACUCUCGGUCAUUGGAGUGAUUGAUCGUCCACAAGACAAUAUCAAGUACGAGGAUAUCGGCAAUAUUUGGCGUAGCGACAAAUCUGCCCCUUGGAGGAGCGAGUGGCAAACCAAGGAGCGAAUGCACAUCGACGAUUUGAUCAAUCAGCAACAGCGCAAGCAGUUAAGGUGGACUUUUGAGGAGCUGGAACUCCGACUGAACAACGAUCAAAAGCACUUGCAGGAUGUCGUUCAGUACCAUGUGACUGUUGAGGAGCUAAAGGUUUGGUACAGGAAUGAACUCAACCGGCUGCUGGAGAACCGCAGGAUCGACCGCGGCUCAGACCUCUCAUGGCAGAAUGUUGAACUGGAACGGAUUUAUCUGGCGACGGUAAAGAACCCGGACAUCAGUCGGGCGGCCCUAGAAAACCUCCUCUUCCGAGACGUCCACGUCCUAGCACCACAGUACCAAGUCUCAGUCGAAGAGCUCCGUCUCUUUAUUCAGGACAAGCUGCGUCGGUUGUUUGAACUAGGCCUUUUAGUGGACAAUACGGCACAGGCCAAUAACUGGCGCGACCAGGAGCGAAAACGCCUGAGAGAAGUGGCUGAAGGCGUAGUGAUCACCGAGCAGGAGCUGCUCGAGUUUAUCUCUCAGGAUACCACCUUCCAGCUGCAAUUGGCCCAGCUCUAUCAAGUGGGUCUGGCGCAGUUGGCGCCCGUGCAACGCAUCUUCAUCGGCAACAUGGCCCGCGAGCAUCUGCUGGAGCAACGCCGCCUGAAGUUGCUGGCCCCUUGGCAGCAGCGGGAACGCGACCGCCUGUACGAAUUCAUUGGAAACCAAAACAUGACCCAGGCUGAGCUGAAGAGCUGGCAGAGCCAGGGCUCCCAUCUGCUGCAGGACUUCUCUAAGAGGUACGAAGUCUCCGUGCAGCAGCUUAAGGAUUGGCAGAAGCAAGAGCUAGGGCGCAUCAACCAGCUGGCGCACUACUACGGCAUGUCGCAGAGCGACUUGCAACAAUUCCGAGAGGGCGAGCUGCUUCACUUGGCCUUCGUUAAUCACCGUCUGCUAAUGACAGCCGAUGAGGUGCAAAAAUGGGAGAAGCGGCACCAGUGGUCCUUGAGCAGACUGCAGAGUCGCUACGGCAAGUCCGGCGAUGAGUUGGUCGCCUGGCGCCGCACUCUCUUUCUGCUUAGUCAGGGACUUAUUGAACUACCGGCGGACAGAGGCGUCGACGGCGGAUACGUGGUGGAUCCGGGAAGCACCAAUGCCACAGCUGUCUACAAACCAAUAUUCUCCAAGGACCGCGGGGAUCAACCGCCGCACACCUACGAGGAGUCCUUUGUCGAGGGCGAUGAGCCGGGUCUGGAGGGUGAGACAAUUCUUCCCACUCCCCUGCCAGUCGCUCCUUACAAGCCGGUUGGUGGACCAAUUGGCGGGUACGAGUACCGUCGACAGGACUACACCUUUGACGUGCCAGUCGGCACUGCGUCGGCAUCUGCUAGCGGGGGAGCCUCCGGAUCUUCAGCCAGAGCCAGCGCCACCGUGGGAAAAUGGAAUCGCUCGGCUAGGGAUGAGCCACCGCAACAGGAAGAGGACCUCGGACAACAGCAGCAGGAAGCGGAGCUGGGUUGGAGCGAAAAGCUCGAGGAUCUUGGGCAGCAGUCGCAGGUGGAGGAUCAGGACUGGGGCCAGCAGUCGCAAGUGGAGGAUCAGGACUGGGGCCAGCAGUCGAGGGAGUUUGGGCAGCAACAGGUUCAAGUCGGGGAUCUUAGUCGUCCCAAGUUCGACCAAGCGCACGACAAUAACAAUAGCAAGAACCAGAUUCUUCAACAAUCCCCAAAGGUUGAGAUAGAAGCGACCGCUGAGCCCUCCUUCUGGGAAAAGCUCAAAGGAAAGCUCGGCUAAGAAACCAACAACUGCCAUUGCCGACGGACUUUUAACAGUCCGACUUAUUAGGUUACUGAACGAAAUGAAACUCUUAACUAACAGAAAAUCUAUUAUGUUAUCUAAAUUUUUUUAAUUUGCUUAGCUUUAGACAUGACUAAAAAGCAUUUCAAAGUGCACUGAAAAAUUAAAAGAGUGUGCAUGGUAGUUCCUUGAUCAAUCAAAAUAUUAAAGCUUUGAAAAAACUUUUUCG